GUGCAGAACGCCGGUCGCCGCCACUCGAAUGGACUCCUCCGCGACGUCUCGCACAACGCCCGUCCAUACCCACGCGAUGGCAUCGACAACCGGGCCUUCGCGCACACCGAUGCUCAGGAUGCGAACACGCAGCAACAAAAUCCCAACAUUGUCAUACAGGCGGGCACGAACCCGGGCGGCGGCCAGCCGGCGGCGGUCCGCGUCAGCCUCAACACGCUGUCCCAAACUCCCCAGCAGAACAACAACGCCGCACAGAUGCCCACCAUUCACGUCAACCUCAACUCGUACCCGAACGCGGGUCAACGGGCUCCGGGAGACGACUCAUUUCCACUGAACAACGCAAGCCAACAGAACGGGACGCGAGCGGGGCAAUCGAAACCCAGAAUGCAAAGCGGGCCGUCCAAUUCUGGUAACAUGGACGCAGGGUACCAAGGUCAGCCUGGACUCGUCCCGACUGGAUACACACACUCUCACAGGAAUAUCAGCCCCCAGCGGAACGCCGACACGCAGACCUACAGGCAGGAGCCGGAGCCUCACCGGCGGUCCGAUGGAAACUCUUGGGAUCUCCUCAGAGGGACGCCGGCGUAUCCCAGCGGCACGCCUCAAAGAGGACGGACGUCGCCCGAUUACACCUCCGACUACACAUACGACACGACCCAUCCUCCCAUACGAGAGGUAAGGACGCCAAACCGGUCCCAGCCCCGACCUCAGGGCCAAACCGCUUCCCGGAGCAGACACGAUGCGCCGAUAGCGGACGGACGGACGCGGAGCCGUUCGGCUGACCUUCCGGGCCCGAACGCUCGCGGUGUAACGCAGCUUGAGGCGGAACGCCACGCACAGAGGGAGGGCGGUCAGCGAGACAUCAGAGGGUCGUCUGGUGGCCAGACCGCCCCCAGGCCGGAAACCACGCGCGACUCCAACCCCCGGGCGCCGGCGCUCGGGAGCCAGCCGGUGACCCGUCAGGGACCGGCUGCCGAUUCGAGAGCUUUGGCCGAUCCGAAUCACCGUCCGCAGGCACACAUGGCCCAAGCACCGCCGCAAGGCCCGGGCCAGCAGACGCAUCCCGUCACAAGCGGCGCCAGUCAGCCUCGCCAAGGAGGCGCCGCUCCAGUCCAACCCUCCCCUGCCCAGCUCGAUCCCAGUCACCUGACCCAGGCCGCGCUCACGGCCCACACCGAGAGGGCUCACACGUUUCAGAAUCGGAAGCAACAGACCCGGGCCGCUCUGCUUCAUCCCGGACCGCAGGCGCCGCACGCGCCGGCUCCUCCGCCCGUCAUCCCCCUCGCGCAGUUCCAGGCCCUCCCCAGGAAGCAGCAGCACGGAUCCCCGACGAGAGGCCCCCAGCCCCCCAGACCUCCCGUCAACAUACCGGUGGCUCAGCGGCCCGCCCACCACCACCACCAGCAGCAUCCUGGGAAUGGCACGCACGGGCAUGCCCAUGCACGUGGCCACGGGCCCCCCGCCCACCCCGAGCAGCAUCAGACUCCCAGAGGGAGACCAAGAUGAUGACAGAUGUCAGCAGACGACACGACAACUGCCACGAACAAACAACCGGCUGACAGACGUGAUCCUAAAUACCGCCAAGGAAGACUGACUGCAUCCGCUGCCGCUCUCAGAAACUCUGCCAUUCACCGGUAUCUAAGUCAUAUAUAUAUAUAUUUUUUAAUGAUGGGGAUGAUACAGAUGUAAGCUUCCCGUCCUGGAAAUAAAUGACUAAUUAUCUCAAGGAAGGAGGCUGAAUGCACAUGAAAUAAGCGAGAUGUUGAUACUGGAGGACGUUGAGAUCAAAUGCUCCCCCAUCAACUACACCUCUCUCCACACACACACACACACACACACACACACACACACACACGUGUGUUGUACUACUUUGGCUUCUGAAGCCCUGGUCGUGCAUCAAAGCCUGCUCCGCGUAGACAAGUUCAGUGAUCCAUAGCUCCAGACCGAGCUCACCUCCCGUCAUCCAUUCAUCAUUUAAAACUUAACAACACCACCGUGACAAGAUGCACUUGAGCUGCCGCCAUGAAUAUGUGUUUCUCAUCUGUUCGCGACAGACAGGAAGCCAGAAGGGGAUACCGGGCCCCUGAGUGACGCUGGCGGUUAUUGGGGGGGAGGAAUUAGCCACAGCGGUGGUCUUUAAUGUACACGGAGCUAUUUAUGUGGCGCCUCCUGUUUACAGAUGCUUCUUAUGACACUUCUCAAUUAAGCAGAUUUGCCUCCGCGCUGCUACGGAUUGAUGCUCAGCUAACUAUGAAGGGGUGUUUUAUUAAUUAAAGGUUUUAAAUUACUCGGGGGAGGGGAGGAUAAUCACACCCUUGCAGGAAUGAGGUCAGCACAAAGACUUGAGCGGCCACGCUUUCUGCCGAGUAAGCAUGUCGUGGGAAAUUGACUGUCUGCACUGGGUCGUGGACGGCUCAUCUUUUUAUACAAUGGGAUGUCGUUAUUACUUUUUACCAAUUACGUAUUUAUUGAUUUAUAAUGUGCGCGCGCUUUAUUCUAAACUUGCAAUUGAUUGUGAUUGCGUUUGCACCAAUGGACGUUCAUGCCGUUAUUGUUGAAUAAAUGUUCAUUUCAUAUGAAAUGUCAUGGCAUCGGAGUGGUUGUAUUCUAUAUGUUAAUUAGUGUCAACAAAUCCUCAAUGAACUGUUCCUUCAAACAAGUGACAUCUCUCAUUUCUCUGUGCUAUGGAGCUCCGUUGUUGUUGAUUAAUAAAACCACAUCAGUGAGCUACACAUUU